AUGCAUUACCUGUCGGCGGCUCUUGGGAGUCCAUUCGACACGGUCGCCGCUGCCACCGCCAUCUGCUCGGACCGCCUGGUCUUUGAGGACGAGGCUGCGUCGUCUUGUUCGUCUUCGUCUUCGUCGUCUUCGGCUUCGUCGUCGAGUGCAGGCUCGCCAGCAUCUUCCAUGUCCCCGACCUUCUCCCACACGUCGUGCAGGGCCCAGGGCGCUUAUGACGAUGAGCCCAUGAUCUCGCCCGCGGCGGCCGCACUCAGGGUGUCUCACCUCCCGUACCAACGCCCCCGGCGCGAGUCGCCGAAAAAGGCCCAGCCGCGCACCGCCGCCAGCGCCCACGCCUCAGCUACCGGGCGCCGCGCCUCGACCGCCGCCAUCGACGUCGACGUUGACAGCAACGACGAGGACGAUGAUUUCUUCGGCACAACAAACCAACCGCCCGUCGCAUCGACCUCGACUGGGCCUUCGCCUUCCUCUUCUUCCUCGUCGCCGACAUCUUCUUCGUUCAACACAGGGAGGUCGUCCUCGCCGGCUUCGAGACCGAGCUCGAGCUCGCCUUCGGUCCACGAGCCGAUUCUGCACCCCGAGCAGCUUCUCCAACCGCUCACACCUCCGCCCAAUUCGUUCGCAUCAGCUCAGGCGGCCAUGGCCGCACAGAACUCGUCGCACUCACAGAAUCUGAUAGGCCACAUGAUCGACAACUCGUCAAAGGGGUAUCCGUCUCAGCUCGAGUUCAUCUCGAUUCUCGGCCUCGGCGCGUAUGGCGUCGUCUACCUCGCUCGGGAUGUUUUGGCUCAGCCGUCCACAUUCCCCUCUUCGAGAGCGCAUCCAGGACUCGGGAACCAGCCUUUGUACGCGGUCAAGUGCCUCAACAAACUCGGCCUCGAUGAGCGCCAGCUCAAAUUCCAGCGACGAGAGAUUUUGCUGCAUUCGCUCGCCUCGCCGCACGGGAACGUCGUCACGCUACACAACUACAUCGUCGAAGAGAACUGCAUCUACGUCGUUCUGCAAUUCUGCGAGGAGGGCGACCUUUUUGGAAUGAUCACGGAGCGACAGCGAUACCUUGGCGACGACGAGCUCAUCCGCAGCGUCUUCCUUCAAAUCGUCGACGCCGUCGAAUUCUGCCACCAAAACAGCAUCUACCACCGCGAUUUGAAGCCCGAGAACAUUCUGUGUCUCGAUGAUGGGAAGAAGGUGGUACUUGCAGACUUUGGCUUGGCGACGCACGAAAAGACAUCGGGUGACUUCGGCUGCGGCAGCACCUUUUACAUGAGUCCUGGUGAGUUUUUACAUUCGCCUCCUGGAGGAAUUGUAUUCCGUUCUAGUCGACUGACCCGGCUUGGCUUCGUCUCCCCUCCCCAUGCUUCACAGAAUGCCAAGGCGGUCUCUUCCAGCGACUGACAUCCUACUCGACCCCCCACAACGACAUCUGGUCACUGGGCGUCAUCCUCGUCAACCUCACCUGCGGGCGCAACCCGUGGAAGCAGGCCUGCCCCUCGGAUGAGACCUUCUGCGCCUACCUCGGCAAUCCUGACUUCCUUCGCUCGAUCUUGCCCAUCUCGGAGCACACGAACCGCAUCCUCAAGCGCAUCUUUGCGUUAAACCCCAAGGCUCGCAUCAACCUUAGGGAUUUGCGCCGCGAGAUUCUCAGCGUCAAGACAUUUGUCAUGACCGACGAGGAGUUGCGCCACGCAACCAAAGCGACCAAGGAGGCCGCGAGGGCAUUCGCGCAAGGAAUCCUCGACGAGGUGCUGGAGGAGGAGGCCGUGGAGGCCGAAUAUUGCGACGACCUCAUGUCGCAGGACCAAAGCAUGGAGGAGGCCGUCAACCAGGGCGAAGACCUGCUGCUGGAGCAGUCGGCGAUGGGUGAGUGCAACGGAGACCGAGGAGAUAUAGAAUCAGAGGGCGCUUUACUCAUAAGCCUCUUCCCUUGCCCAAAAGAUGUUUUGCCAGCGACGCCAACCCAGCCCUUCCGCGCUGCACCCCUCAUCACCCCGCCUGCUACGCCCCGACGCGGCCAUCGCCCUGCCGACAUCACCCCCGUCUCGCACCAGGAUGCGCUCAGAGCCUCUUACUCGCGAGGUUCCAGUGGAAGCGAAGAAUCGUCCGACAGCCCCAACUCGGACGAGGAGGCGACUCCUCACGUCCGCCGCCGCCGUCGCGAUAUCUUCCUUACCCCGCCAUCGCACUCUCGCAGCGUAUUCGAAUCGGUCGGACCGAGCCUCAACGACCCCCGCCCUCCUUCUCCUGUCACUCCGACGACUCACCGCCGCACGCGAGGCUCCAGGAACGCCUCUCCGCGCUCAGCGGCCGCCCGUCUCGCCAAAGUCACGGGCAGCGGACAGCGACGGCAGCGCAAGACCUCGUUCGAUUCUUCGUCCUCUUCUUCGGGCGCCUCGGCUUCGCAGCCGCCGACGCCAACCGGACCCCCGGUUUACUCGCAAGCGCAACACUAUGGCCGCGAUGGGCAAUACAGCAGCUUCGAGGGCACCUACGUGCACCCCGCUGGGGUCGACGCCGCCAAGCAGCACCGCGAGCUGCCGCCCGAUGUUCUUACAGCCUACUACCCCGUAUUCUCUGCUGGUGGGUCCUCAUAUCUCUCUCGCACAUGCGACGAGUCCACGAGCCGAAGCUGAUCUUUUCCCUCUUACUCAUAUAGAUUGGCACGAAGCUGCGACCGAGCAAGCGAGCCACUAUACCGUCACGCUCCCCCCGCCCGUCUUGCUGCCGAGCUGCACCGAGAACGCCGACGGCACGCCUUUCGAGUUCCCUCUUCCGCCUACCGGCCACUACCAUCGCGCACCCGCUCGUGCGGGUGAGAUCCCUCGCGUGGAAAUCUUCGAAACCUCUUAUUAG